GCGUCGGAGACACUUUUGCUUCACUUUUCAAUCUCUUUCUCGUUGUCUGUCUUUUACAGGCAGUAAAGGAAGAACUAGACUACGGAGCGGAGACUGCACUCUGUUAGAAGAGGUGAAACUUUGUUUGCAGAAUGUGACGAAUAACAGGAAUAAACGCUCCUUGUGUGUUGGAUUAAUUUGUGCUCAAAUCUGGCUUGUGGUCAUAAAGUCAAAGUGUUGCUCGUCUCCAUGGACAUGGACGUACCUUUUGCCCAAAAGCCAAACAACACAGCCUUUCAGUUGUGCCCAAAAUACUGAGCAAGUUUGGUUUUCUACAGUAGCGCUAAACACCGUGGCGUAGUAGUUCACCAUGUGGAGUUGCACCUGGCUUUGGCUGUGUGUGUGUGCGGUGCAUCUGGACACAUGCCUGACACAUAGCAUGUUCACCUGUGAACCGGUGCACGUGCAAUGGUGUAACACCAUGCCGUACAACAUGACCUUCUUCCCUAACAUGUUUGAGCAUUACGACCAGGAUGUUGCUGCUAUCAAGAUGAAGCACUUCAUGCCACUGGUUAGUCUACACUGCUCGCCAGAUGUGCAUUUGUUCUUGUGCCAAGCCUUUGUUCCAGAGUGUACACAGCAGACACAAGUGCAUCAGCCCUGUAGAGAGCACUGUGUGCGCGUCCUCUCUGACUGUACAAAAGACAUGCUAACCUUCGACAUCACUUGGCCAUCGGAGCUGUCUUGUGACAGGCUAAAGCCCUGUCGCACCUCUACAGAUGAAUCUACAGAGCUUCCUCAAAAAGACAUAACAACACCCAAAGCAUCUUUAUUAGCCAGUAGAGAAUUGGGCUUCUGGUGUCCUUUACAGUUGAAGACCCGUUCUGGUCAGGCUUCCUCCUUCCUGGGUGCUCAGGAUUGUGCCCCUCCAUGUGAUAACAUGUACUUCAAAAGACACGAGAUUGAGUUUGCCAAGAAGUUUAUCGGCAUCACCUCUGUUGUGUGCUUGUGUGCCACGCUAUUUACUUUCUUUACCUUCCUCAUCAAUGUCAAGCGUUUCCGCUACCCAGAGCGUCCAAUUGUCUUCUAUUCCAUCUGCUACAGCUUUGUGUCUCUUAUUUACUUUAUCGGCUUCCUGCUGGGUAAUGAGACGGCAUGUAACAAGCCAAACAUGCCCACCACUGUAUCCACAGUGGUGCAGGGGAGCCAGAGCAAAGUCUGUACACUGCUCUUCAUGAUGCUCUACUUUUUCUUCACUGCUGGUAUGGUCUGGUGGGUCAUUCUCACAAUCACAUGGUUUCUUGCAGCAAGGCCCAAGUGGAGCUGUGAGGCUAUCGAGAAGAAGGCUGUGUGGUUCCAUGCAGUGGCCUGGGGCCUUCCAGGGAGCCUUACCGUCAUCCUGCUGGCCCUCAACAAGGUGGAGGGGGAUGGUAUCAGUGGUGUGUGCUUUGUUGGCCUAUAUGACUUGACAGCCCUGAGAUGGUUUGUGCUGGCUCCACAGGCUCUUGGUGUCAUAACUGGACUCUCAUUUCUCCUUGCUGGCAUUGUUUCACUUAAUCAUGUGCGACAAGUGAUCCAGCAUGAUGAGCGCAACCAGGAGAAGCUGAAGAAGUUCAUGAUACGCAUAGGUGUGUUCAGUGGCCUGUACCUGCUUCCUCUACUCACACUGCUGGCCUGCUACUUGUAUGAACAGGCCCUGCGGGGCAUCUGGGAGAACACAUGGAUCACUGAACACUGUCAGGAGUAUAGCAUCCCCUGCCCGUACAGAAAAAUUGAUGCUGCUCACCCAGAUUUAUCACUGUUCCUGAUUAAAUACCUGAUGACACUUGUAGUCGGCAUCUCAGCCGUUUUUUGGGUUAGCAGUAAGAAGACCUGGUCAGAGUGGGCCUACUUUUUCAACAGAACACGCAAGAAAGACCCUAUCAGUGAGAGUCGGCGUGUGUUGCAAGAGUCUUGUGAAUUCUUCCUGAAGCACAACAGCCGUGUGCAGCAUAAGAAAAAACACUACAAGUCUGGCUCACACAAGCUCAAGGUCAUCUCCAAGUCAAUGGGCACAAACACUAGUGCUGAAACAACCAACACUACUAACCAUGACUUAACUUUCACCACUACCAACUUCUACAAGGGAACACCUGGUUCAGGGUCUGAGAUGCGAGGUUCAUCUAAAUCAUCUGCACAGGAGCAGGCUGCCUCGGGUAAGGUGUCCAGUCAGAACAGCAAGGAUCAAAAGAGCAGCAAGUCUGGCAGUUCCAUUCGAGUCAGUGGCAAUGGGGAGCCUCAGAAAAGUGAACUCGCCUAGUAAAGGCUCUGAACUGGUCUUACAACUAAAUUUAAUUUAACAUCAUCUUAAAGACCAUAAAUGAAUUGAAGGAUAAAAAAAAGUUCAUAUCUGUUCCUAUUCCACUGUGGGCCAAAAUAGAGCUUUAAAAUCAGGGCCAGAACACCAGAUACUGAAAAAAUGUGUAAAUGAUGCUAAUGUAUUUCAUUAUCAAAAUAGAACAUUUUUUGAUACUUUAAAUCUUGUGCUGGAAAUACUCAAUUUAGCCCGUUUCAGGUUCUAACACUACCAAUUUGUGGGAGAAGUACAAGGAGUUUUAAACCAUUAAAACUGUUACAUUUAAACUA